ACCAAAUUGGCACUUCCGUACCCCGACCCCGGCCACCGUGUGGAAACAGAAACAGCAAUGGCGGGGAGGCUGGUGCCGAGCACGAAGAAGGCGAUGGAGCACCGGGAGGAGAAGCCCAAGGUGCCGUCGAGCGACCCGGGCUCCGACCUCGACCUGGUGCAGCUGGUGGCCGGGCAGCAGCCGCCCAACAUCUCGGAGAUGAAGCCGCUGACGCGGGAGGCGUACGGCGGCGGGAUGUACGCGGCCGAGGAGGAGGGCGGCCGGCGGAGGGGCCCCGCGCGGCCGCGCGCGAGCGCCACGCAGAGCGCCGACGGGCCCGAGGAGCAGCGCGCUGGCGCGAGGCCCAGCCACCCGCCGCCGCCGUCCACCGGCGACCGCGACCUCGACAUCACCGGCCAGUCCUACAUCCAGUAGCCGCAUGUGCCGGCUGCCGAGCGCCGCGCUUGGGCGUUGGCCAUUGGCGUUGUGUGUGUGUACACAGUACAGUACAGUAAGUACUUGCUAGUAUACUUGGUUGUGUACUUGCCAAAGUGUCCUUGUACACGUCGCUUUGUUAAGAUGUGUACGUACGUACUAGUUGCCGACGAAUAAAGGUUUGGACUUGGGCUUUCAGAAA